AAGGCUCAUGAAACUUUCGACCCAUUGGAGGCCCACGACCUCUCCGUCCGAUCCCUAGGCGGCGGAUCCUUCCUCCACCAAACCCGCACCUGCCGCAACUGAAUCGGGUCAGAUCGGGCCAUCGGGGAGGCGAGGGAGCUCACGCGGCGCCAUGGACGAGGAGGAGCACGAGGUUUACGGCCAGGAAAUCCCGGAGGACGGCGACAUGGACGGCGCUGACGUUGAUAUGGCUGCCUCCGGGGAUGACGCGGCGAAGCUGCAGGAGCUCGACGAGAUGAAGCGCAGGCUGAAGGAGAUGGAGGAGGAAGCCGCCGCCCUCCGCGAUAUGCAGGCCAAGGUCGCCAAGGAGAUGCAAGGAGGUGACCCUAGUGCAUCUACAGCUGAGGCAAAGGAGCAGGUGGAUGCCCGUUCUGUGUAUGUUGGAAAUGUGGAUUAUGCUUGCACCCCAGAAGAAGUGCAACAGCAUUUCCAAGCUUGUGGAACUGUCAACAGGGUGACAAUCUUGACUGACAAGUUUGGACAGCCAAAAGGUUUUGCUUAUGUUGAAUUUCUGGAACAGGAAGGUGUUCAGGAAGCUCUUAACUUGAAUGAAUCUGAAUUGCAUGGUCGCCAGAUUAAGGUCGCCCCAAAGAGGACUAAUGUUCCUGGGAUGAAGCAGCGUCCACCACGUGGGUAUAAUCCAUACCAUGGCUACCCUUAUAGAUCAUACGGGGCACCGUAUUUCCCCCCAUAUGGUUAUGGGAGGGCUCCUAGAUUCCGCCGCCCUAUGCGCUACAGACCUUACUUCUGAAGUACGGGGUAGGGUAAUGAAGUUCAAUGCAAAACCAGCCCAUGGUCACUGGUCAGUCCCGGGAAUAAUCAACUGUAUCGUUUGCACUGUUGCGGCUCAAUGCUCCUGUAUCAGCUGCCUUUUCUGACCUUUGUUUCAAGUGCCGCCAUAAGCGACGGACAUGUUGUAUUGGCUUGUAAUACAGGACGUAGUAAGUGCACACACUUUCUGUAAGCGUGCUUUCCCACUUCCCAGGGUUACUACUGUUUGCAAUUUCUGUAGUUCUUUGGGUCGGUCGGUUAGGACAUGGGAGUGGAUCGUUCUAUGCCCAUUUGAGGUAGAUUAGUUAUAUGAAGAGAAAGCUUCGCAUGCGGGGCUGUCUUGUUUGCAGAUUGCCACUACCUCAGUACGGUUCCAGGUUCCUCAAGGUAUCCGCUGAGCAUCUGUUCUGGUGUCGGAUUCCGAGUUCAGGUCUUGUAACUAAUAAAAAACGGAAAUUAUAAUGUCUCUCUUUA